ACACKCGCGACAGGGAGAGAGUCGCCGGUUGUCACACGGGGCUCCCCUUGGGAGGAAGGGUUAGAAAGGGAGUAGCUCUAGGGAAAGAGGCUUUUAUUCUGCAGUCUGCUAGCGUUUUCCCACUCGGGGGAGGCUCUUUGGCAGGCGCUGUCCUCACCCCGGCCAGGACCCGGAGGCGACGCGGCGGUGAGCACUCCGUGGGGCCGAAGCAGCCGCGCCGGGCGGGUGUCGCCUCGCUAUGGCCAAGCACCACCCGGACCUCAUCUUCUGCCGCAAGCAGGCGGGCGUCGCAAUUGGAAGACUUUGUGAAAAAUGUGAUGGCAAAUGUGUGAUCUGCGACUCCUACGUGCGGCCCUGCACCCUGGUGCGCAUCUGUGAUGAGUGUAACUAUGGCUCCUACCAGGGCCGAUGUGUCAUCUGCGGGGGGCCCGGAGUGUCUGAUGCCUACUACUGCAAGGAGUGCACCAUCCAGGAAAAAGAUAGAGAUGGUUGCCCCAAGAUUGUGAACCUGGGCAGUUCCAAGACAGAUCUUUUCUAUGAAAGAAAAAAGUAUGGCUUCAAGAAGAGGUGAUCCUACCUGUACGUGGCUACCUCCUGUCAGGUUGGCAAGAGGGUCUUGGAACAUCUCUGGACUUUGCUCUUACUGAAAACUGGUUGAUUAUUUUUUUUCUAAAACAGUACAAAUUCAGUAGUAUACUUGGGGUUGGAGAAAUAACAGACCGAAUGGGGACUAAAACCUGAUCAAAACCAAUGAUCAGAGAAGGCAGAUGAAGAUAAGUGUUUCUUACCUUUGUGGAAGCUCUGCUAGUAGUUGCCCCAGCUCUCUACAAAGCAGAGUGGGCAAGCACUUACACACAGAGGAGACCAGCUUAGUAAAAAUGGCAAGUGCCAUUUCUAGUGUGCAGAAACACCUUGAGGUUGUUCUUACUGAGCCUUCUCUCAGUUGUUUGAAAUUGCCCUGUCCAUGAGUAUCGAAGAAGAGAGCACCAAUCUGAUCCCCUCCUCUCUUCCUCCAGUAUAUUUCCAUGCUGCCCUGUUUUGUAAGGAACUUGCUCAUGGCUGACGCCUUCCGUGUUUUCUUUGACAUAUUAAUCCAAGGCCUUUCUUGUAACCUUUUCUGUGGGAUGCAUACCAAUAAAACUUUUGGGUUUUUAUUUUUUGUACAAUAA